GCCGAGACCAAAACAAGGGCGUUCUCGAAGAAGACGAAACUUGAAGACCAAAGCAGAUUUUAAUAAUUCCGCAAAACAAAAUAAGACUUUAUUGAGAACAUACACGAGGACAGACAGUUAAAGAUGCUUCUGUUCCUAUCCGUGCUGAUCCUCUAUGUGCCGCUAGAGGGCAACACCGCACCAAUCAGCUGCUACAAUGACCAAGGAGAUGCUGUUGAUUGGUUCUAUAUAUACAAGCUGCCCAAAGAACAUGGCAAAAAGUCUCCUGAAUACGGUGAGAUGUAUUUAAUUUUGGACAAAGGGCGUGAAGGAUGGACUGAAGGGAAGGGCUCAGUGAAUGACACCACGGGCGCCCUGGGCAGGACGGUGGGACAGCUGUACGCGCAGGGGAAGAAUAUGGAGGUUGCAUACAUCCUUUACAAUGACCAGAAGCCACAAGAGGACUCGUCCAGUGACAGACGGGGAGACAACGGUGGAAGCAGAGGGGGCCACACGAAAGGUGUUGUGCUGCUGGAUAAAAAACAGGGUUUCUGGCUGGUCCACAGCACUCCUCACUUCCCCCCCGCUCAAGAGGCAGGAGAGUAUUAUUACCCCAGCAGCGGCGAAGAUAACGGGCAGAACUUCCUCUGUGUUACGUACCCGCUCGACCGCUUCCAGACCAUCGGCGAGCAGCUGCAGAUCAAUCAGCCUAAUGUGUAUGACUGCAGCAUCCCCGAGUCCUUGGCCUCCCAGGUGCCUUCGCUCACUGAGCUUUGUGACAAAAACAACCUGUCCUAUGAAACCUUUCCACGUGCCAAAUCUGUAUCCAACCGCAGUGUGACGCUGACCUCAAAGGAUGGGACGAACUUCAUCAGCUUUGCCAAAGGAGCCGCUUUUGAUGAUGAUCUCUACCACUCGUGGGUAGCCCCCACCCUGCAGUCAGACCUCCUGGUCCAGUUCUGGAUUCGCUCCACAGGCAUUCUUCCUUCCGACUGCUCGCAGGGCUGGAAGGUCCUGGACAUCAGGCUCAUCAAUCCAGGGCAGACGUCCCCCUUCAAGACCAGCCAGGACCACUCCAAGUGGGCGGUGAGCCCCAACGAGGCUGAGGAUGGAGGCGGCUGGGUGUGCGUGGGGGAUAUAAACCGAAACGAGGCAGAAGAGAAGCGUGGCGGGGGCACGGUGUGCCAGCGUGAUCCGCUGGUGUGGAAGGCUUACCGGACGGCAGCGUUGGAGUGCGAGGCCUGUGGAGGAGAAACGGUCCAGUGCUGAGAGUCUGCAGGAGCCGGACGCCGUCAGCUCGGCCAAAAUGUGUUACAAGGGUCAAAAAUAUCACGCAAACAUGGAAAGGUCAUUCAUUUUUUUUUUUUUUUUUUUUUUACAUAUUUCUGCUAAAAUCUAGUGAAAUCUAUUUGAAAUCUAAUUAGGUUUAGUUUAAACUGGUGAGGAUGCAAACACACUCAUCCAGUGAAUGAUAGAUGACAGUAAACAUUCACUAGAAGACUGAAAGCUACUGAACAAUGUCGAGUUAAAACAGCAUCGCAAAUGUUUCGACCUUCAUGACAGGAAAUACAAAUAUUAAUAAACGUAAUUAGAGUUUGUUCACAGGAGAACUCCACAGGGGGUCUUUAAAUGUUGCCUGACUUUCUUUAAAGUCCAUAAAAUAUUAUCUCCAAAUAAUUAAUUUAACAGAAAAUAUUAAUGACUUUAAGUUUUAAAAAAGGUUUUUAUAUUGAAGUUUGUGUGUGGGAAUCAUUUUUUAUAUCAGUUUGAUUCACGGUGAUCAAACCAACAAUCAGCGGCCUCUAAUCUAAGUGAUAUUACACGUUUACAGCGGAGCUCCGCCCACACCUCCGAGAGGAAUACGCGCAUCUCUCAAAUGAUCAAUGGAUCCAACUUCGGCUAAAAAUAAGGAUCCUGUCAGUCACAGUGGGAUCGUUGUACUUGUUCCUCUGCUCGUUAAGCAGGAUUUUAUGCAGUUCUCUGGGGUUGUUGCAUCCUCCUCUUUCAGUGCGUGCAGAUCUGCCGGAGGUGGAGAAGUAGGUGGGAUGAUUUUGUGUAAUAUGUUCAUUUUUAUAAAACAUAAAAAGUGGCACUUUAAGGGAGAGUGUAGGUUCAAGAGUCUCUACAGCCACUGGGUGCUGUUUCACUGACAUUUCCUGCUUUUAAACAUGAGCUGGUUUGCUCUCGGGGAGAAUGUCAGGCUUGCUGGUUAAUUAUUUUUAAUCAAAUGUGGGAAUGAUUGCACUAUAGAACAAUCUGUCACUGAUGAUAAAUGACAGCCGCUCAUACUUUAGGAAUGAACUGAGCUCGUACGCGUGUCUGCAUCUCCAAUCUGCUUUAGAUUUUAUGCUUUCCAUCCAUGCAUUCAUUCUGAUCCUGAUUGUGCUUGAAGAUGAAGAUGUCGGUUGUCUUGAAUUUGAAUAA